AUGGCGAAAACUACACUGUACCUGGGUCCGACGAUCAGAAGGCACACGCCCGAGAGGAGGCUGGCAUUCGACAUAUUCCCAAGCAACGAGACUGACACAUGUUUCACAGUGGUGGUGUACGACUCGAAGGAGAGAAACGCGAAGAUGAAAAACGCAUGUGUGAUAGUGCCAGCAGCACAGGAGCACCUAUGGCUGUACUCGACGGCAGAAGGGAACCAAGAGUUAGCAAUGAAGGCCAGUUGCAGUAGACUACUGCUAAUAUGGCUCAAGUACACAAAAGACGUCUCGAAUCUACUGAAUAUGAACCCGCUGGACUCGUACAACGAUGAGAGAGUGAUGGAGUACAUAAAGAGGAACCUGGCAGAGACACUGGAUAACUUUUCACUGGAAAGGUCGUCAGGAAUAACAAUAAUGAAGGUCGGAGAGUCAGCAAGAAUAAGAGGAUGGAUAUGCGAAAUUCCAUCAAAAUACGCAGGAAAAGUUAUAGUAAGAGACGUGUAUCAUGAAGAAACGAGUGAAUAUGAAAGUAAGAAAAGGAAUGGAGACACUCAGAUAUACGCAAGGCAAAUGAUAUUCGCAUCAAAUCCACAGGUGAUACAGUCAGAAGUGUUGUACAGUGAGCACGGAUCGAAGAAAGAAUUCCGGUUCAGAGAUUUGACGAACGAGUACCAUACAGCAAUAACACUGGCAAUGGGAUUCGUAACAUCGGAACGGAGAGUGUUGAUACUGGGAGGAGGUAAGAGUGGAAGAACGGGAGUGUUGACGAACGUGCUGCUGGAAGAAGUGGAAAACAAGUUCGCAGUGGUGGAGUUGGACGAAGCAGUUCUGAAGGUAGCCAGAGAGUAUUUCGGCUACACAGUUGAGGAAACGAUAGACUUAGAAGAAAUUGAUAGCGUAGAACUUGAAAGUGUAGAAGCAUGUGUAGAACCUGUAGAACCUGAAAAUGUAGAAGCACGUGUAGAUGACAAACACAAUUCGAAUGUGACCAGUGGAGAGUUGAAAGUGAUACACUAUACAGGAGAUGCACUGCAAUUCAUAAGAAAGUCAAAGAGAAGAUACGCAGCAAUCAUACUGGACAUAAACAACAGUAAUGAGCAAAAUGACAUGAAGAGCGGAGAUAGAGAGUCGGAAAGUGGAUUGAGAUCAGGAGUGCUGAUGUCGCCAAGUCCAGAAUUCCUGAACCCGGAAGUGUUGGAUAAAAUGAAGGAGCUACUGGAGGAAAACAGAGGGAUCCUGGUGCUUAAUACGCUGACGAGGUCGAGAGAGGCGAGGAAGGCAGUGUUGAGUAAGCUAUCGGAGAAGUUUAAGUUCAUAGCGAAAGUGAAAACGCCAAACGAAUCAAGUAAGUUUGAAGAAGUAAAGAAGGAAAAUGUAGGCGCGGAAGCUCGAGGAGAAGAAAAGGAUCAGAGAGGGAGAAUCGUGGGUGAACAGGUUAACAAUAGCGAAGAAGUGAAGCUAGGAACGUGUAAAGCAGGAAUUCUUUAA